AUCCUGGAAAAAAGCUGGUUUUCAAUUAAAUAUCUAUAACAUUAUACGUUUUUGGAAGACAUGUGUAUUCUUGUCUUAGACGGUUAACCCCGUCGUUAAUCUAUUUUUAUUUGUCUUAGAAAUUACCUUACGCAGGAAGCGUGCUUCUUAAAAUAACUUCAGACUUCUAAUACUGCUUUGCGUUGCAUUUAUAAACCAAUGUCGACUGAAACUAACGCUUUCUGUUUCUACAAUGAAACUAAAGACUGAAUAUGUAUACCUCUAUAUAAAAUGAUGUCAAAAGUGUGUUGAUUGAGUGUAAAAAGUGUUGUAGUUAAAUUUACAACAUGUCCAAAAACGUUAAAUUGGGUAUAAGAGUGAGACCGUUUAGUGAGAGAGAGCUAAAGUCUGAGAAGGACCGAAUACCCGUCGUAUGUGUUCUAGACGAUACUACCGUGACUAUAACUAAUAUUAAAGUUAAUGUAUCUGGUGCGGGCGACAGUCGCGAGCGGGUGCGGCGGUACUAUGCAGACUACACUUUUGACAGUGCGUGCUCCCCUGCGCAUCCGGCCUUCGCAUCGCAAGAGAAGGUAUUCGAAGCGAUUGGCCGGGAGGUGACGCUCAGCAUGAGAUCAGGUUGUUCUGCUUGCGUGCUGGCGUACGGGCAGAGCGCGACCGGCAAGACCCACACCAUGAUGGGCUCAGACGGCGACCCGGGGCUUAUCCCCCGGCUGUGCGCAGCCCUAGCUGUCUGGCAACCGCUAGACCUUACUGUGAGUUUCCUAGAGAUCUACAACGAGCGCGUGCACGACCUGCUGGGCGAGGUGGUGCAGACCUGUCAUUCGUUGCCGCGGCGCCGGGGCAACGCGCGGAAGGACCUGCGCGUGCGCGAGCACCCGGACAGGGGGCCCUACGUGCAGAAUCUUCGUCGAGUGUCAGUCAAUGACGUCACUGCGUUAUUAACCUUGGUCAACGAGGGUACUCGUCGCCGGCGCACGGCAGCGACCAGGAGGAACUCUACUUCCUCCAGGUCUCACGCGUUGCUGGAACUUAGCACCCCCACCGCUACUUUACAUCUCGCUGAUCUUGCUGGGAGUGAGAAAGCCAGUUGGGAGGGCUGCGGCGGAGGGCGGCAGAAGGAGGGCGCCAACAUCAACAAGUCGCUGGUGGCGUUAAGUAAUGUCAUAUCUGCUUUGGUGAGCGCAGGCAGUGGGCGAGGAAGGUUCAUUCCGUACCGCGACUCUGCUCUCACUUGGCUGCUGAAGGACUGCUUCACCGGAGGCGGAAAUACUUUUAUUAUUGCCACUGUAUCCCCGAGUGUUGCCUGCUACGGGGAGUCAGCGUCGACCCUCCGUUGGGCCGAGCGCGCGCGCCAGCUGCCCCCGCCCAGGGUCACCCACCCCAGCGCUGCUAGCACGAGCAAGGCUGUCCUGCAAGCUCAGUUCAAUCAACUACUCGCUGAGCUUACCAGGAACUUCAUUCGAUACAUACCAGAAACUGGUAAAAUUUUGUACGACGACGAUCACUGGAAACUAUUUAAAAUAAAAGAAAACUAUCAAACAAAUGUUGAAAAAGAAACUGCAAAGAUAGGUAACAUUAUGGAACUAUUGCAUCCGAAAACUGACGUUCAGUCGGAAUCUACCGCUUCGUCAGUCGCAAGUGGAAGUUCGGAUGUCAUAAAUACAAUGGAUAAAAACACUGAAAUAGCAAAUGAAAUAAGAAAAGAAGUCGACAAAUUAUUUGUACCAGAACUAGAAAGAGCCAAUAGUGGGAGUGAUCUUAAAGUGAUUGCGCCAUUGAGACACAAAAGACGACAGUAUAAAUCACAAGAAGUACUCCCGAUCAAUGAAAGGCAACCAGCAAAUAGAAGUCGAAGUUUCACUAGCGCACUUCCAAGUCAAAGUGAGGAACAGCUAAAUUUGAAAAGUGCAAACACUUUGAAAACGCCACGUAUUCCUGUUCUUUAUGAUAGUCAAAGGGCAGAAAUAGUAGCAUCAGUCACAGAGAGAUUAUAUUCUAAACUGAAGAAAAAAGAAGAAGCUGCAGUAGCAAAAAUGGAAUCCGUAGUUGAUAAAAAAAUUAUGGAACCUCUCAGUGAAUUAAGAAUAUGCACUAAUGCUCGGCAACGCCUUAUUGAACUAAGUCAUAGAGCAGUAAGAAAUAAACGAAGAAUAGGAAUACCAGCUCAUACACAGACAAGAAAAUUUGUUACUCGAGUAAGAGAUCAAGGAAUAGAUGCACAAACAGAUUUGGAUGCUUAUGUAUAUCGCAAUAGGCAUUUUUAUGCUUUACAACGAGAUGCUGCUACUGAAACAGUAUUGAUGACUCCACGAUGUAAGGAAAUAGCAGUCGGGUCUAACAUAGGUUGUUUAAAUUUUAGUGAUAAAUCUACAAUUACAGAUACUCCGAAAAUACUUAAAAAUUCAUUUGUCAUGACAGAUUUGACAUCUAAAUGUGAUCGUGCAACUCAAACAUUUGUUGUUCCACCGCCCAGACGGAAAAAACGUAUUUCUAGUAUUUCAAAAUACUUGAAAACUAUGGAAAAGAAAAGUUGUUUUGAAGAAAAUAAUACCGUUCCAGUUAUUAACAUUAACAUUUCUCAACCUUGUUCUACCGAUCGUGAGUCGCACAGCUCUGAUGAAAACAUAGAAUUACCCACUGCAAGUACUAUAGAUAUACCUAAAGCAACGAUGACACCAGAUCUGCUGACCAAUCAUAGUGGUAUUGAUUCAAGUGAUGUGAUGGCAGACGAAUGUGUGUGUGCGGGUUUGCCCAGCCAAACAGUUGAUGAAUUCACGGAAAAUAUAAAAAUUCGAUAUAACACCGACACACCGUCAACAACAAAAACGAAUGAAGAUUUUCCAGAUUCUGAAGAUUAUAGUUUGCCAAGAGUUACUGUAAACGUACCAAGAAAAUUUGAUCGCGAUGAAAUAAAAGACAUGAUUUUAGGUAGAAACGACAGCACAUAUCCCUACAAUAUAGUACUUUCGCCUCCAAGAGAAAGAGAAUCGUAUAAGAGAACAGUUAAAUUUAAGGAUGAUGAAACUCUCAAUACGGCGUCAGUAGCAUCUCAAACGAAUUGGUGGGAUAAUAAGAAUGGUUGUAAGUGUAGCUUAAGCUCUGACAAUAUCUCCAACUCUGAUAAAGAAUAUAAAGAUGUAGAAAUAGAAUCCACGAAUGAUUCUUCUGAAUCCUGUAAAACGGAAUCGGACUCAUUUAUAUGGAAAAAUGUUAAAAGCGUAAGUGAAGAAAGUAAGAGUUUCAAUUCAUCACAAACAUACACACCAGUAUAUAAACGUAAUUGUAAUUCUAAAUAUAAGGCCGCAAAAAUUAAAUUUUAUAAAGAGUUCCUAGGUCUGGAUACCAACGAGGAAGAUAAAUUACAAUCAGAUAAAAGUAUGUUCAGUUCUAGUGACAGUAUAGAAUCAGAUGUUUAUCGUUAUAAGUUUCUCCAAAGAAGAAAAUACUUCGAAAAUACGUUGAAAUUUGAUAAGCCAGAUAAUGAUUUUGAUAAACUCGAAAGGGAAAUUUUAGACACCUGUGAUGAUUUGGAAAUAUCUGCAAAUCAAUAUGAUAAUUACUUAUCAAAUCUAAAGAAGAAUUUUAGGAGAACCAGGGAAGAAACACAGACAAGGACACCUACGGAAUACUUGCAACAUUUGGUUCAACUACGCCGGGAAGUUGUUAAAGCAGAUUACGAUAAAUAAAUAAUAACUAAAAAUAUAUAUUGAACUAAGUAGUUUUUUUUUUAAUAUGUAAAAAUUUAUAACGUUUUAUGUAAUAAUAAAUAAUUUAUAACAUUAAAAAUAUUUUUUAUCUAUUCGAUUAC